GUUGCCUUCAAAACUCCAAACUACACCAUCUUCAGUAUCAUCAAUCUUCCAGACAUCAUCAACCAAGCGUGCAUGACCCUACUGGAUGAGGAGUCGAAAUUUGAAGGAAAUUCUAGUGGAUGGAGUUUGCUUAUCAUUGAUGGAUUGCUCAUCAGGAUUAGCAAACAUACUCCCCUGCGUGGAUCAUCCUACAUCAGUCUUCCACCUCUUCUAUCAGCACGAAAGGCAAUCAUCAAUCCUAUAAACAAGGACCAGCAAUGUUUCAAAUGGGCUAUCCUCGCCAAACAUGUACAAGGCAGUAAUCCUCAACGAGUCAAUGAGCGAUACCAUCAAUUGGAAGAAAGAUACAACUUUUCAGGCAUUGGAUUUCCCACUACCAUCAACCAAAUCGAUAUAUUUGAGAAAGAUAAUCCGGAGGUAUCAGUUAAUAUUUAUGGUGUGGAUGAGAAGAACGUUAUAUUUCCAAGAAGAGUUGGAAAUGCAAUGAAGGCAGAUCACUUUGAUCUUCUCCUCCUCUGUGAGAGUAGGGAUGAUGAUGAAAACAGCACCCUUGAGGAUGACAAUGAACAUAAAUCAAAUAGCCACUACUGCUACAUUAAAAAUUUUGAAAAACUUGUAAGAUCCCAACUCACAAAACAUCAGCAUAAAAUUAUCAUCUGCAGACGAUGUUUCACCCAUUACACCCUCGACAGAGAUGGAGAACGCAGGAUGGCUGAGCAUGAGGAGUAUUGUGCUAGCAAUAAUACAGCAAGAAUCAUCAUGCCACAGGUUGGAAAAGAUGGUAAACCUCCAACCUUGAAGUUUGAGAAACAUGUGCAAAAGUAUAGAGUACCUGUUGUAGCAUACGCCGAUUUUGAGUGCAUCCUGGAGAAACCUGAUGAAGACAAUGAACAAUGGAUUGGUGAAGCUACCAAAGUUAUCCAGUAUCAUCGGGCAAUGAGUUACUGCUUAUACUUUGUGCGGGACCCAUAUUUGGAAGAUUCCUGGCUGACAAUCACUAACCUAAUCCCUCAUGAGCCGAUUGUCUACAGGGGUCCUGAUGCCGCCGAACAUUUCAUGAAGACCCUCACCAUGUAUGCAAAAGAUUUAGAUGAGGCAAUUGACUGCAGGAAUAUCAAGUUGCUCCCACUAACCAAAAGAGAGAAAGAACGACAUAAUGCAGCUGAUUUCUGUGAGGCCUGCAAUGAACGGUUCAAUAAAGAUAAGGUGUAUGACCAUUGUCAUAUAACUGGUAUCUACCGGAAUGCAUUAUGCCGUAAAUGCAACCUGCAGCGAGAGCGACAAUCAUUCAUACCAGUGUUUCUCCACAACUCUUCAAACUACGAUACACACCUCAUUAUUCCAGAGCUGGGUAGAGAUAAGGAUCGGCUGUUUGUCAUCCCAAACUCGUCGGAAAAGUAUAUAUCAUUCACCAAACGAAUAUCUCCAAAAAUGCACCUUCGAUUCAUCGAUACAUUCCGGUUUACGCCUGAUAGUUUAGACAAUCUGGUCACCAACCUAGUCAAAUCAGCAUCGAAUCCAGAAGACUUGUCCAAAGUGCUACCACAUACUGCCAAGGUGUUUGGAAACAAAUUGAGCCUUGUCUCAAGGAAAGGAGUGUUUCCAUACGACUACUGCGAUUCAUGGCAGAGACUCGAAGAAACAUUGCUACCACCCAAAGAGGCAUUUUUCAGCAAGCUGGUUGAUAGGAGUGUUAGCAGUGAUGAUUAUGAACAUGCUCAAACUGUGUGGAACCAAUUCAGUUGUAGAACUCUAGGAGAAUACAGUGACCUAUACUUGAAAACAGAUGUUCUCCUGUUGGCUGAUGUCUUUGAGAGCUUCCGCGAUGUAUGCAUGAAGACUUAUGAUUUGGAUUGUGCUCACUACUUUACAUCUCCAGGCUUUUCCUUUGAUGUCAUGCUGAAAUAUACUAAAGUCGAGCUUGAGCUCCUUACUGACUAUGACAUGUACAUGUUUAUCGAGCGAGGUAUCAGAGGAGGAAUAACAAAUUGUAUACACCGUCAUGCUGUAGCCAACAAUGCCUACACAGGAGCGCCUAUUGACCCUGAGAAGCCUACAUCAUAUCUCCUGUACACAGAUGCGAACAACCUGUAUGGCUGGGCAAUGUGCCAACCACUUCCAUGCCGGAAAUUCCAGUGGAUGGAGAAAGAUGAGUUGGAGGGGGUGAGCAGAGGUAUUGAGGGUGUUGGAGAUGUUCAAAAGAUUGGCUACAUCUUGGAGGUGGACAUUGAGUACCCUUCUGAAUUGCAUGAUGAGCACAACGACUUCCCAUUCCUGGCAGAGAACAAAAAAACUCUUAAAUCUAAUCAUGUACGACUCAUGACAGCUCUAAGCAACCGUGAACGAUAUGUAUGUCAUUACCGCACCCUCAAGCAAGCAGUACAGCAUGGAUUGAGAAUCACUAAAGUUCAUCGAGGUGUAAGGUUUGAGCAGGAGGACUUCCUAGCACCCUACAUCAUGCUAAACACCAGACUUCGACAGCAGUCGAAGAAUAAGUUUGAAAAGAACUUUUUCAAACUUAUGAACAACGCAGUUUUUGGCAAGACGAUGGAGAAUGUGCAAAAAAGGAUGAGUAUGGAGCUAGUGAAUGACGAGAAUCGAUUGAAGAAACUGAUUGCUCGACCAGUGUACAAGGACCGCAUCAUCUUUGGUGAGAAUAUUUGCGCUGUUACGAUGCAUAAGGAAAAAGUGGAGCUGAACAAACCUAUCUACAUUGGUUUGACAGUGUUGGACAUAAGCAAGACCCUUAUGUACCAGUUCCACUACGAUGUGAUGAAACCUACGUACAAAGAGAACCUACAACUGCUUUAUCAGGAUACUGACAGCUUAUUCUACAUCGUGAAAACUGAGAACCUAUACAACGACAUCAUCAACAACCAACAACUGAAAGAUACCUUUGACACCUCAGAGUACCCUGCAAACCACCCAUGCUACUCGGAUGCAAACAAAAUGGUGCUUGGAAAGUUUAAAGAUGAAUAUGCUGGCCGAGCGCCACUUGAGUAUGUGGGCCUGCGAUCAAAGCUAUAUGCCUGUAGGUGUUACAAUAGUGAUCCAAAUCAGCUGACAAGUGGAUUGAUAAAGAAAGCUAAAGGAGUGAGGAGACCAAUACUUGGGCGAGAACUCUCAAAAAUGCAUCCAGAUGCUGAACGUUACAUAGGCUUCCAAGACUAUCUAGAUUGUCUAUAUGGUGAUGAGGAUAUCUAUAGAGAACAAGUGAUGUUUGGCACUAGGAAACAUCAGAUCAUGACCCAAGUCAUGAGAAAGAAGGCAUUGAGCAAAGCUGAUGAGAAGAGGUAUAUUCUAGAUGAUGGAAUUACAACUCUUGCACAUGGACAUUACAAGAUCCCCACUCUAGCACACAUUGAUGAGGAGGCAGAGGAGGAGGAUGAGGAGGAGGAGGAGUAUGAGGAGGAAGAGAUGAUUGACUCUCAAGAAAUUCCCAAGGUUCAGGCAGCUAGCAGUACUACAACAGCUAAACGGCUACAUUCCUCAUCACAUGAUGAGCUCAUUGAUAAAGUCAAUGAGUCAGGAAGCAGUACUAUCCCUGCUAAACGAUCACAUCCCUUAUCAAAUGAUGAGCUUGCUGAUAUGAUCAAUGACUCUAAAAUAGAUGGUGAUGCAUCUCAGUAUAGCAUACUGAGAAAAUUGCUUGAAAAGUGACGUCAUACCUCAUGCCAGGAAGUGUCAACAAAUCCACUAUGCAUACAAUCUGUGCACAUGUCUUCACCAUACAUUCGCAUCGCAAGACUUUUUGGAAGCGGUCAUCAUCAGUUGAGGUCUGUGCACCAUGCUGUAAAGACGCCGCCCAUCACCCCACCACCGCCACCAGUCAGCCCACCAUCGUCACCAGUCGCCCCACCAUCA